CCUCACUACAACAACAUCAAUGCACAUGAAGGGUCAUUCCAAGGCAUGAAGCACAAUGGCGCGGGUGAUUCAGGACUCGGAUGACGAGUUGGACGACGAUCUCGAAGUAGACGUCCAUCAACCGGAAAAGAAAGACGCGUCGCCCAAACAGUCCAACAGCGAUGCUUCCUCUACAGAAGCUCUGCAAAGACAGAUAGAAGCAGCCCAUCGGGCGCAUCUGCAAUCCCUGUUUUCUAUGAACGAUGACCAAACGCCGGAUACUCUCGAAGUCAACCACCAGAAGAGGGGCUCGAAUGGCAUUUUUAAUGAGAACUUCGCACCAAAGAAGACCCCUGUUACCUAUGGCAGGAACUCGAAUGGUAUCUUCUGCAGCUCACCUGCUGACCAGCAGCACAACCAGAGCUUAUUGGGUCAAGUUAAUUCAGUUGCCGGGGCCACGAACGGAACGGAUUGGAUGCUGGAAGGUACAAUGCGUGGAGCAUAUGCUCAACACAAUCCAAACGCAAUGUUCCCGGAGCCCUCGAGUACAGUCCCAAAUGCAACUCUGACGCAACAGCGCGUGAUGGAGGGGGUACUCGCGCCAGCUCUUCUAGGAUCUGACGUCGAUAAUGAUAGAACUCCGAUUCAACCGGAUGCUUCGAUACCUUGGUCGGAGUAUUUGAAGUCGCCCACGAAUAGCGGAGAGCAACCAAGGUCGUCCGCCCAAGAACCUCAUGCUUUACAGAACGUGUCAGCCGCAAUAUCAGACCCAUCGCCAAAUGAGUACCCUGCACCUUCAGGGUCGCAACGAAGUCAACAAGAGUCCUUGAUGCUGGUGGGCAGCCCCUCAACGCAAAAUAUGUCUCUGGAUAUGCUCGAUGCCCAAGACAUUAUCGUGUUUCUGAGCGACGAAGCCCAAUCGGAGGCUAGGCAACCGCAUGCCACUUCGUCUUCGACUGUAAAUGGUUCUGCGCCGGGGAAGGCUCCAAGCUCAUCUCGACAAUCGCACAAAAAGAGACCAAGCCCAAGUCCCGGUCCGACUUCAGAUGAUGAUCUAGCGGAUUUAGGUCUACCCAAGGAACAGUACAAGCCGCGUCCAGGUCGUUCAAGAUCACUGAAAGCUGGUAGGCAAGAGUCUAUUGACUACUCAGUCAAACAUGAGAAAGCGACGAAGGCAAGCAGACGAAGGAAAUCAACUCCUGCGACUACAAGCCUUGCGAAACCACUGAGCACGCCUGAUAGAAUUCAGCAAAUCUGUGAGAUGGGUUUCACGCCGUCUACGAGUGCAAGAGCAUUGAAACAAAAUAACGGUGACGUCACACAAACCGUUGAUUGGCUGAUCACCAACAGGGUCGCUGAUGAUGAACUCUCUCACGCUUCACAAAUGUCGAAAACUGGCAACGACCAACUAACGGCAAAUAUCGACAUCCACGAGCAUAAUGGCGAACUCCAAGGGCACCAUAUCGGUGCUAGGCAGACAGUGGCCACAAACAUCGGUGGCACGUCAGAUGCCAUGAAUCACAAUACGGCCUCUGCAGAAACAGACAUCGUUGCCCUCAUGGUCGAACUUAGGAGCCCGGCAAAGGUUCAGGUACUCAUACCCGCGAAGUCGCCCAUGAAUACUGUCAAGACGUCUAUCGCGCCUGCGACGUCUCAUAAGAAAGCCAAACGCAGAAAAACGACAUUGGAUCAACCUGAGCCAACAGCGGCGGAUACUACUGUGAAGGGAGCAAAGGUCGAGAAGAAGCGAGGUCGAGGUCGUCCCAAAAAGGCAGCUAAAGCCUCUGCAUCCAUGGAAAUCUUACAAGAUGACGAAGACGAGGGCUCAAAAGAGCAAGCGCGCGGUUCUCCGCUUCUCUCUAUCGACGGAAACGCGCAGCCCCCUUCGGUGCAGCAGCAAGUUGUCGAAGAUACGGCAACUUCAAUCUCUACAAAGUCAGGCCAGAGUUCGAAGAGUCCCCAGCCUGGAGGCGCAACGACUGUCGCCACUACAAGGUCUAUGUCUGAGCCUCCAGAGCUCCCUGAUCGCCCUGAGAUAGAGCCCAUCACUCCAGAGCGCGUCAAGAAGCCCGCUCCUCCAGAGCAGCCCCCGAACAACAAGGGCAAAGUACCCUAUCGGGUAGGGCUGAGUAAGCGGGCAAGAAUUGCCCCAUUACUACGAACGAUGAAGAAAUGAUUUCAGUGUCCCUGUUCCGAAUCCGUCUGCUGGCGCAUGUCCCAGCAAAGCCUGAUCUUAUGUUUUACUCGACAAUACCCACUCUUCAAUCAAAUCAAUUAUGCAGAGUCUUUCUCCAUAAGGAGAGGCGUCUUUGAGUGUGGUGCGCCUGAUCCUAACAACUAAUUAUACGAGGUGAACGGCCGGAGUAUGCACUUCUAUACGAGCAGUUGUAUCUUUUCUGCGA